AUGGUACAUGGGUUGGGUCAGCUUGUUAUCGAGAAGGAACCAGCCAAGCGGGGUUGCAAAUUGAGUGCAAUUCAGCAAUGUGGCGCAGUACUUGAGACCAAAGAUUUCGGAAGUGAUCCUGCAGAGCAGCGUCACCUGUGCGCCGUAGGAAAACCCGAUGAUCACUGUGGCCAUGUAGAUGCCAUUUUCGGAUGGAAAUGCUAUGAGAAGGACUCCGAGGCAGGACAUAAGCAGAGCAAAAACAUUCAUAAGAGGCCUAGGAGUUCCUUUUUGUUUAAGUCGUUUGAAACCGCGAUUUCUGACAGGUUGCCUAUGGCAGUGGUGCUUGACCCAAAUCCAGUUAGUGAUAUUAUGAAUAUGAGCAACAUGUCGACGCUGAAGAUGGCUUGCAAGAUGGUGUGGUCCUCUCCUCUGCAUGGUUUGUUCACGAUGUUUGAGGUUGAGAGACACGACGCACCCUUUGCCAGUCCAAUUUUUUGCAUCAAGAUAUCCUGUUGCGAUGACCUGCAUCCGGUAGUACUACUGCUCCCUCUGUAG